UGCGGGGCGGGCGGGCCGGCCACACUCCCGCCGGGCCCGGACGUGUCAGCACCGCCGCCACCAUGGUGCAGGUCGUGAGCGUGCAGACGCGGCCGUACGCCGACCAGAAGCCCGGCACGAGCGGGCUGCGCAAGCGGGUCAAGGUCUUCCAGGACAGCCCGCACUACGCCGAGAACUUCAUCCAGAGCAUCCUGGCCACGGUGGAGCCGGCCGAGCGCGCCGCGGCCGCGCUGGUGGUGGGCGGCGACGGGCGCUUCUACAUGCGGGAGGCCAUCCAGCUCAUCAUCCGCAUCGCCGCCGCCAACGGGAUUGGCCGCUUAGUAAUUGGACAGAAUGGAAUUCUCUCAACCCCUGCUGUGUCGUGUAUUAUUAGAAAAAUCAAAGCUAUUGGUGGCAUCAUUUUGACAGCUAGUCACAACCCUGGUGGGCCCAAUGGAGACUUUGGCAUUAAAUUCAAUAUUUCCAAUGGAGGUCCUGCUCCAGAAGCUAUCACUGAUAAAAUUUUCCAAAUUAGUAAGACUAUUGAAGAGUAUGCUAUCUGUCCAGAUCUACAUGUGGACCUUGGUACUAUUGGAAAGCAACAAUUUGACUUGGAGAACAAGUUUAAACCAUUUACAGUUGAAAUCAUAGACUCGGUGGAGGCUUAUGCAAACAUGUUACGGAACAUCUUUGAUUUCAGUGCACUAAAGGAACUACUUUCAGGACAAAACCACCUGAAGAUUCGCAUAGAUGCUAUGCACGGAGUCGUGGGUCCUUAUGUGAAAAAGAUCCUGUGUGAAGAGCUUGGAGCCCCAGCAAAUUCUGCUGUGAACUGUGUACCACUGGAGGAUUUUGGUGGCCACCACCCUGAUCCAAACUUAACUUAUGCUGCUGACUUAGUCCAGAGCAUGAAGACAGGAGAGUAUGACUUUGGAGCUGCCUUUGAUGGAGAUGGGGAUCGUAACAUGAUUCUUGGAAAGCAUGGGUUCUUCGUUAACCCUUCAGACUCUGUUGCAGUCAUCGCUGCCAAUAUUUUCAGUAUUCCUUACUUUCAGCAUACUGGAGUUCGUGGCUUUGCACGGAGCAUGCCUACCAGCGGAGCGAUUGAUAGGGUGGCCAAAGCUACAAAGAUUGCUUUGUAUGAAACCCCAACUGGCUGGAAGUUCUUUGGAAACUUGAUGGAUGCAAACAAACUGUCUCUGUGCGGAGAGGAAAGUUUUGGUACUGGCUCUGAUCACAUCCGUGAAAAGGAUGGACUAUGGGCAGUCCUAGCAUGGCUGUCUAUAUUAGCUGUGCGCAAGCAGAGCGUAGAGGAGAUCCUGAAAGAUCACUGGCAGAAAUACGGGAGAAAUUUCUUCACAAGGUAUGACUAUGAGGAGGUGGAUGCAGACGCAGCUAAUAAAAUGAUGAAGGAUCUAGAGACCACAAUGUUUGACCGUUCCUUUGUGGGGAAGCAGUUAGCAUCUGGUGAUAAAGUUUACACAGUUGAAAAAGCUGAUAACUUUGAGUACAGCGAUCCCGUGGAUGGAAGCAUCUCCAGAAAUCAGGGUUUGAGGCUCAUCUUUGCUGAUGGUUCUCGCAUCAUCUUCAGACUAAGUGGUACAGGCAGUGCUGGAGCAACUGUGCGGUUGUACAUAGAUAGUUAUGAGAAAGAUGUUCCCAAAAUCUAUGAAGAUCCUCAGGUUAUGUUGGCUCCUCUCAUUUCUAUUGCGUUGAAGCUUUCACAGCUCCAUGAGAGAACUGGCCGCACCGGCCCCACCGUCAUCACAUAAAGACUCAGACCUGCUGUUCUGUGCGGGCUGGCUGAUUUGUACUGAAUGAGUCCUACGGAAUCAUCUAGCCUUCCUUCGCAUUAUCAAAUUUGCCCUUAAAAGCAGUGUUAACUCUAUUUUAAAUCCAGCAUUAACCUGAUCAAUGAUAGAUGUCAAUAAACACAAAACCUUACCAAUGUU